GCCAAUGAUAAAAACUGGGUGAAUAAAAAUGCUUUUGAAAAAAUGGUUUGUUUACCAGAGAGAACCCAUGUUUCAUUUUUUAGCCAAAGGCUGUUGUUCCCCACCUGAACGCUACCCACGUGACGUGCUCCAGACUAAUAUUAAAGCUUCAGGAAAGAACAAUAACACCAUUAACCGAUCAAGCAGACGGCGCUGCUUCACUUCCCCGGGCGAGAAUCUCUAAAGCAGCCAUCAAUCUGCAUUGAUCCCCGCCCCGUUCUUCCCAUAGCUUUAGGUGAAUUUCGUCCUUGGCUUCUCGUGGUGACCUCCUCCGUCCUCCCUCCACCUCACUACCCUUGCCAAGGCAGGCGGAGGAAGGGCGGGAGAAGCUUGGGUGCGCCUGGUUCGUGGGGUGGGGGGAGGAAGCGACUAAUUACUCCUCUAAGAUUUUUAGGCAGGCAGGAGAGCCAUGACAUCACUCCUCCUCCAUGCAAAGGCACAAAGGCGAGAAGUCGGUGCACAAGAAAAAUGCCGCCGCCGCUGCUGCUGGGGAUGAUGUUGCAGAGAUCACCAAGGAGACUCGGCACAGCUGCUGCUCUUUCUUUCCUCUUCCUCUUUCUCCGCCGCUAAACUUCCAGCUCGCUGCCGCCGCCACCUUGACGCCGCCUGGUUCUCCCCCAUGCAGACGGGAGCUAGCAACGCCCGCGCUGCACAGCAUGCACUGGGGGGUUGGUUUCGCCUCGUCCAGGUCGUGUGUGGUGGAUCUGAGCCGGAAUCAGAGCCUGUGGUGCGCGGGAUCCGACGAUCACUUUUCCUUUUAUGGGGAGAUCAUCGCUUUCCCUCUGCAGGAUUACGGCGGGAUCAUGGCAGGGCUGGGAUCUGAUUCUUGGUGGAAGAAAACCCUUUAUUUGACGGGGGGAGCCUUGCUGGCCGCUGCUGCAUAUCUGCUGCAUGAACUCCUGGCCAUUAGGAAAGAGCAAGAGGUUGAUUCAAAAGAUGCUAUUAUAUUGCAUCAGUUUUCGAGGCCGAACAAUGGUAUUCCGAGUUUAUCUCCUUUCUGUUUGAAAAUGGAGACUUACUUAAGGAUGGCUGAUUUGCCCUACCAGAACUACUUUGAUGGAAAACUUUCUCCUCAAGGGAAAAUGCCAUGGAUUGAAUACAAUUGCAAAAAAGUAUCCGGCACAGAGUUCAUUAUUGAUUUUUUGGAGGAGAAGCUUGGAGUAAAUUUGAACAAACACCUUGGCCCUCAUGAAAGAGCUGUUUCUAGAGCAGUCACAAAAAUGGUGGAGGAGCACUUUUACUGGACUUUAGCAUAUUGCCAGUGGGUGGACAAUCUCCAUGAGACCCAGAAGAUGCUUUCUUUCAGAGGCCCCUUUAGCGACCUGCUGAAGUGGAUCCUCUGCCAUAUAACAAAAGGAAUCGUGAAACGGGAAAUGUACGGCCACGGCAUUGGCCGUUUCUCUGAGGAAGAAAUAUACAAGUUGAUGGAGAAAGACAUGCGCUCUCUAGCAGGUCUUCUGGGUGAUAAGAAGUAUAUCAUGGGACCCAAGAUUUCCACUUUAGAUGCUACAGUCUUUGGGCAUCUAGCACAGGCAAUGUGGACACUGCCAGGAACUAGGCCGGAAAGACUAAUUAAAGGAGAACUGAUUAAUCUUGCUAUGUACUGUGAGAGAAUAAGGAGGAAAUUUUGGCCAGAGUGGCACCAUGAUGAUGACAACACUCUGUAUGAGUCAGAAGAAAGUAGUGAAGCAAGUAAGACUCAGCCAUUGCAGGACUUCAGUUUUUUCUCAAGGACAGAAACAUUUGAUGAUGAGGGAACCGAGAACAGUUUUUCCCGAACACCAGACACUGAUUACACUGGACAUUCCCUCUUUGAUUCUGAUGUGGACAUGGAUGACUACACAGAUCAUGAACAAUGCAAGUGAUGUCUCUACCAGAUGCUUCUCCAUCUUGUGACAGGAUUCUUGGGAAUCCUUCCAAUUGCCCCAGGCCCUACAAAGACCCAAGUUGGCUGGAAUGAGACAAUUGUGCUUUUUGCUGUUUUCAUAUGCUAUCUGGACCUUUUCAGCAUUUUUCAUUUUUUAGAGUGUUCAAAUGGAUUCUAGAUGAACAGUUUUGAAUUCUGCUCAACAAGAUGGUGAAUAGUGAACAAGGGAGGUAAUAGGUGGGGCCGGGAUUCAUAUUUUAAAAAAGAGCAAUCCUGAAUGAUAUGGAGAAGUCAACAAUGUCGAACAAACUCUUGAGCAAGGCUACAUUUGGGCUGAUGUUCUCAUCUUGCCAGAAACAGACUGAGGAUGCCAUACACACAAAGGAAAGAGGGGUCAUUAUGACUUCCUAUCUCUCACAUACAUUGCAGAAAUGGUUGAAUGGGGUCAAUACAGUGAGGGAUUAUAUCAUCAACCACCACCCCUGGGCCUCCAGGACUUUGGGUUUGCCAAGUGACUGCAUUUUGUAUAUGCACCCAUGUGGAGCAAGUUCUUGAAAUAACUGCUUUCCAAUUUCACUUAGAAAUAGCCAGUGGAGAAUGAGGGUGUUUUUGUUCUGUUUUUUUGCAUUCAAAAAGCCCACCAAUUAUUUCCUAUCUGAUACAUCUUCUUAACAAUUUUUUUUAUUUAUUUUGGUACUUUUUUAAAAAAGGUCAGUGCACCAAGUUUGUUUUUUAGCCUUAUGGAUAAAGCCCACUGACAACAUUCCAUCACAGUCUGGUGUGGCCGAGAAACAGAAUCCAAGAUUAGGUGAAGCAUAUGAAGAGAUGGAUUAUGCAUUGAGAAGCAGAGUUGAUUCUCCAGGGCUUGGGUUGGGGGUCACCAUGAGCCUCCACCCCAAUAGCAUCCUUUACACUUUGUUUUUUACUGUCUCUACCAUAUAAAUGAAUAAUUGGUUUUCUCUCCAUUCCUGAAAGUGGGUAGCCUGUCUCUCACUAACUAGGAUCCUGCAGUGGGCUGAAGCUUCCACUGAAUUGAAGCCUCCCAAUAGGCAAGUCUUUCCUACGCAUUCCUGCACUAACCACACAACCAGCUAUAACAGUGACAGGCUUUCUGCUAGCACUUAAUAAUCGUCACAAAGGGGUUUGGGCAGCUGUUAGAGCAUACUCCAUACAUCUAACUAAAGUUCUUUGAUAAGCAUUGGAUAUGCAGACCUCUUUUCCUUCUUUGUCCACAACAUGGUAGAGUGCUUCAAACGUUUUCAAAGCCACUGAUUUUAUUACACAAUAGUGUGUCUAACGCAGCAUUUAAUUUUUGAAAGGAAAGGCGCUAGAGCUCCAAGUUACCCAGACUCUGUCCUUCAGGUCCUUGCUGGAAAGAUAUGUUAAGGCUCAAAGGGAAAGAUGAGACACAUGUUCAAAGGCAUGAUCAUCUUUAUGGUAUCACAUAUUGUAGAGCACAUACUUUGAAUCUGAAGAGUUCCGAUUUAUUUAAUUUUAACUAUUUAAUUUUAUCUAUAUUUAUGCCCCGCGGUUCAACCCUAAAAAGGAUUUUCAGAGCUUUGGCUUUAGUUGAGCCAGUUGGAUUAGUGUGUCAGCUACAUUGUGCAGGUUUGGGGUUGACAUGUUGCCCACUUUUAACCAUCUCCCACUUUUAGAGGUUGCCAUCAGUGUUUGUUUUCAUUGAGUCAUGAUAUUAAUUAAUUGACAAUGUAAAAUCAAAUGAAUUGAUAUAUGUAGAUAAAAAGAAAGUGGUUUUUUUCUCUCCUCCCCAACCAAAGAGGGUGCAACCCUACACAGAUAGGAUGACUAUGGGGAUGGUAUUUUGGGUUUUGGGGUACUUUGGGGUUCCUAUUUAACCAGGUAACUUGAGUAAGCUGUACCUUUCAGCUCUAAAUGCACAUCCAGAUGGCAACUAUAUUAAUGUUCCUGGUGAGCUGCUCUACCAGGAACACAGGAAGUGUCCAUCUUCCUUGGGACGCAAAUGUCUGUUCAAUAGGAAGCAAGCUUGGUAUGCUGACUACUUAGUGUGGACCUGUGGAAGUAGAAACCUCCAGAUAUACAUUGUACACCCAACUAGUGUUGCCACAUCUCCUAAGAUGCUCUCAGUUGUGCUAACUUGUAAUGGAUUUUCUCUUUUCUCUUAGGUCUUAGAAUUUUCUUAGUUGCUCUGUAGCCCAUAUCUUUGGAAUGUAGUUAUGAGAACAGUAGCUGAUCUCAGAUCCUUAACAAAUUACUCAUUGGCUAUCCCCAUUAAUGUCCCAAUGCUUAGCUGAUAUCUUUCUACAAACAGAAACAAAAGCAUUCUGAAAUGUUUGAUGGGAGGUUAACAAGCCUUCUGUUUUUAUUUUGCUGGUUCCAAAUAUGCCUGAAAAAGCAGAGAGGUUGGCAGUAGCAACAGAAAUUCCUUGUGCCUUGUCUGUAACUUUGAUAUUUGGCGACAGAUGCCAACUGAGGCCUUAAGUCUAGAGCUGGGGAAAUCUUGCCUUCUCACCUUCCUGAAUUGCUGUGACUUGCCAAAAGGCCAGACAGCCAACUAAACACAGGGUUGAAUGUCUUCAUUUUUAUAUAUACAUUCCCAUAUCCUGCUCAUCAGUUAAUGUUUUCCCCCCAGAGUGGCUUCCCAUCCACAUACAAACAAUCUGACUUAGUCCACAUCAGUAUAAAUCACUCCCAAAGUAUAUCAUGGUAGAUGCUAUUGAAACCGCUUAAGAGAUUCCCGUCCUAGAUAAGCACUCUAGAAGAUGGUUGAUGGUAUCGAAAGCUGUUCAAAGGUCUUCCUGGAACAGCUUGGCAUGGGUUUGUCUGUGCUAUGUUUCCCGUGGUUGUGAGGGUGUUUGCAAGUGUCUGUGUGCAGCCGGAAGAGGCAGGAUUCUCUGCAUGGUGCAUGAGAUCACUCUGCUUCUAAGCUCUAUUUCCUCUGAGAAUUCCUAUUUAUUAAUAUAUUGUUUGCUUUUCUGUUUCAAAGCACACUCAAAACAACUUUCAGUAUGACAUAUGGGUAAUGUAAUUUUUUAAAAAUCUAUUCUUGGAUAAGUAUAGAUAGGUAGAUAUGUUAACAAUUUAAAAAGAGAAAGGAACAAAUUGCAGCAACAAAAUGCAGCAACUGCAGCCAUAAAACCAAACCCCUUCAGUCAUCUUUAAUUGUGGAGCACCUUCAAAUUUUGCAACCCCACCCAAUGACAGAACCCAAAGACAGAGUUUGCCUUGAGGUAGGGAAUUGCUGAAUAUAGAUGCCAUGACCUAAACGAUCUUGCCCUGUCUUAUCCCCAUCUUGUAAAUGAGGGGACUCUGAGAAAGUCCCACAGCAGGAAAACCUGAGGAAUUUGAUCUUUGUGAAUUCUGUUAUGAGCUGACCUAAUCCACAGCUCAUGGACUAAUAUGCAGAGCAGAAUUAUCUACAGGCUCUUGCAGUUCCCAAACAUUCUGAUGCAGUUCUUGGCUCAAAAACUAUAUCAAAAUUUGCAUUUUGAGAGAAAAUACAUUGUAAAAUAUUUGUAUUUAAAUAAUAUUAAAAUACAAUUUUUCCUGCAGAUUUUUUUUUAAAAAACCACAGUUGAACACAGAUAUGGAACAGCAUUGGCAUGAAGAAACACACAUGAAAGUAGUUUGAAAAUAGACUGAUCUGUCCAUCCCUAACCUACAGAGCUCACUCAAACAAUAGGGAGGCAUAUGGCAGAAGAGGCUCCUAAAGAUACAGGCCCUGUACAGCUUAGGACUUUAAAAGUAAUAGCUAGUACCUUGUAGAAACAGACUGGAAGCCCAUGCAGAUGCUCUAAGCUUGUGUGAUAUAUUCUUUGCACCCAUCUUUGUUACUAAAUAGACUAUUUUGCAGUAGUCUAGGAAAAUACCAGUCCAUACAUGGUGGCAGACAGAUCCCCAUAUGACCUGGAAAAAAAGCUUUUCAGGCCACUUCUGCCACCUGUGCAUCCAGCAGCAAAGUGGUAUUCCAAAACAAAGUGGUAUCCCCGAGUGUGUACCUCCUCUUUAAAGGAGUGACCUCAUCUAAAGCACCCAAUAGGCCCAUCUCCUGUCUUGUCUGGAUUCAGCUUCUGUUUGCGAGCUCUCAUCCAGCAUCCAGAGUCUGGGGUGCUGGGUACCGACAUUAUGAAAAGGGAAGUGCUUAAUUGGGAACUGGGAACCUCUGGGACACUCUGCAGGGUGCUCUCAUGGUAUAUAGACAAGCCCAGGGCCCUCUCUAUUUGGUCUUUGGGAGUCUCCCAAGGCUAUACACCUCUCACCACAAUGAACUUUGAACUUGGAUAGUUCUUUUUUCCUGUGUGGAGGAUAGAGAAGGAUGUGUGAGUGUGGAGAAACUAGUCUUCUGCACAAAGGUAAAAUUCACAUCCAUUGCUCUGUCCACAUUUGCCUCUGGUUCCUCCUGUUACUGGUAUGUGGCCCUUAGAAGGUUGCCUAGAAGUGAAUGUGGCCCUUGGACAGAAAAAGCUUCCUCAACCCAAUUUAUAGAAAUGGCAAGAUUUUGCCUCAUUUGCCUUGGGACGCCUGAGAUUGUUUACUUUCUGUACCAGAUUAGAAGAGCAAGUGGUGGAGGAUAGCUCAUACAUUGAUACAUGUAUGGGAGCCUGAAUAUCCGGCUGUAUUCAGUCUUGACUAUUUUUCCCUUCCCUUCCUUCAACAAGGAUGAUGUCAACAAAAUGAUUUGAGGGCUGUGAUUCUAGUGCUUGGCUGAAACAAUUCUAACUCAUGGCAUUUUUACAUUCUUUUAAAUAUGCUAAGCAUUGAGUUAGGUUUUAUCCAGAUGACACUUUCCACAGCACACUAAGGGGAGCACCAGAAGUGCUUCACAGAAAUGUACUUCCCCCAUCCCUCCCGUCACAGUGAGAAGCUCAUUGCGUGAGUCCAUGUAUAUUAAAACAACAUAUUAUCCAGCCUCUGAGAUUACAGCAGUCUGGGUAUGCCCUUAAAAAUAAUUUUCUGGAUGAUUGUCAUUGAAAAGAUUGUACAUUCCUUCCUUUGACGGCUUAAAUGAGAAAUUGCUGCACUGGUGGAAAUCAUGUGAAAUUAAUUGGACAUGUGUUUGGGUUGUCCCAAUGGUGUUGCUCAGCUGACAGCAAGGCUUCCAUUAGGAUAAUGGGGAGGGAAGCAGUUUUUGGUGAUUCUCUGUUACCCUGAAGCUGACCCCCAAAUCUGCACCAAAAGGUUGGGGGAACUUUCAGAGCAGAUCUGGAGGGGUGCAGGAGAGAGCUGCAAAGAGGAGGGAGAAUUGCUUCUCUUCCCAUUCCACUGAUGGAAGGCUUAUCAUUAUCUGAGCAAUACUCUUGAGUACAACCCUUAGGAUGACUUGGUUGCCUGUUUGAAAAAGCUCACUUGAAUCUUUUAAGCACAAUUUCUUUUCUUUCUGUCCAUCACAAGAAGCAACCUUUGGAAACCUUGCAAGGAUGUAUGGAAGCUACAAAUACCAUGGCAUUUAUUUCUGUAGCCCAUGAUAUCUUUUAGUGGCUGGUUUUCAAUUUGUUUUGUUCCAGAAAUGUGUGAAUGUAUUUAACACAUUACAUCUCUUCCAUUUCUUAGGAACAAUUCUGGUUACUUGGGAUGCAUAAAUUAAAUAACUGCUUUUUCUGUUUCCUCCUACAAGGCCAAUUGAGUUCAAACCAAAUUAAAAAUUGUGGAGGGAAGCAACUAUGCAUGUACACACGUGCCUGUCAGACACCAUAAGCAUAUUGAUUUGUAAGGUAUAUAGUUGGAGAACUUGCUUCUGUUACAGAAAUAUAGUUAUUCACUUACAAAAAUGUAGCUUCUGUAAUAUCAUUCAGUUAACAAAAACUCUCUUGGUUUAAUAUAUGUUAAAGGCUUUCCAUGUCCACUCAAGCUCCAAAACAUAGGGAAACUGAAGCUGUUAACAGCCACACCCUGAAUAGACCCAUAAUUUAGGCACUGUUGAUAAAACAUGGUAUUCUAUCCUGUGAUUAGUUCCAGCUUCACCACUUGCCUUGGAGCUGGAUGGCUGUCAGGUUGCAGAAUGGUGGACCUAGUCCCAGAUUUGUCUGUCUACUGGAAUUCAUACUGUACAUAUACAGUGGGCAAUGACUGUUGCCCAUCAUACAACUUAUGCUACCAUUCCACAUUACAAGUACCCAGCUGGCAAUGAUUGUGGCCCUGUAAUUAAGUCUUGAAAUUAAACAGCCAGACCAUAUUGUAAAUUGUGUUGCUAGAUGAUCAGAUGGGUUUUUUACGCAAUCAAUCAAUUUGGAAUUAUUUUUUUGGUUUGACGCCACUAGAAGAGAAGCUGCACCAAAUGGAAAGCUAAUAAAUGCCACAAAUUUUACUGAGAAUUUUUAAUUUUAAAAAAUUUCUGCACAAAUAUCCCUGUUCUUCCUGAAAUGUUCCAUGCUUAUACAAUUAGUCACACUGGGGGACAGUAAUGGUUGCAAUCCAAUAAAUUGCUAAGCCAAACCUGGAGAGAGUGCUUAGCAAAAUAACAAUUAGCUAGCUGAAUAAAUGCACAAUUUCCUAUCAGGAAAAACAUGAAUAUUCAGAAUACACCUGGAAAUUUGACAACUAGUUUUGUCAAAUUGUACAAGUCAUGUGAUAUCCAUUGGCUUCCCCUUUUCAUUUCUCUACUUUUGUUGUUGACUACCACAACAUUCAUUCUCUGCUAAGUGUUUCCCUGAUGUCCACAUGCCACUAUAAAUGCUGAUUUAAGUAUUGCACUGUAAACAAAAAACCAGUUGGACAUACAACCACCUCAGCAUUCAAUUCCUGACCUUUCCAUCUGCCAAACUCACCACAAAACAGGAAAUAAAAUCAAGAAGCAGGUAUGUAUGUGAACCUAAGUGAGAGUGUGUUGUCAACUUCACCAGAAGAUGUUCACCCGAAGUUAACCAAUGUGAUUGAGCAACAGCAUGUAUUUCAUGUGUCCUCAUUUCUGUAGAUGUAACAGAUUGGAGGGAAUAUCCUGUGCUAGGAAAAAACAAGGCCAGGCAGCAAGAACACUUGUGGUACAUGCAAGCAGGUACCAUGAAGUUGUGAUAGAGACUUCCCACACCCUACAUUUAAAGCACAUGAUGUUCCCCAAAGAAUCCUAGAAACUGGUUUUCCCCUCACAGAACUACAAAUACCCAGCACCCUUAACGAUCUACACUUCCCAUGAUUCUUUGGGGAAGUCACAUGCUUUAAAUGUGCAUUGGAUUUUCUUUAAAUGUAUGGUGUCAAUUAAUCCUUUAUCGCUGGGGUCCUACCUACAACAUAUAUUUAACUCUCAUAGCUUCUCCCAAAGAAUUCUGGGAACUGUAGUUUAAGGUGCUGGGAACUGUAGCUCUGUGGGGGGAUAUACUACAGUUCCCAGCAUUCUUUGGAAAAACCAUGUGCUUUAAAUGUAUUAUGUGGAUGUGACCUUGAUGACAACCAGUUUGUAAAUUUACUUGUGUACUCCUCCAUGGAGACAAAUGUGAAGAAUUGCAGCAUUUAAGAUGUGACACCGAGUAGGACUAGCAUUAAUGUCACUCAUUAUGUGUGAGCUUUUUUUGUGGGGGAGGGGGGAACAGCUAGUCUUUCCCUCUCAUACAUGUUAAAAAUGUUCAGAAGAAGACUGUUUCUGGCCUCAGGCUUUGAUGGAAAGAACUAGCACAAAAAGGACAGGAAGGGAACAUUCUUUUAAAGCUGUUAAGACUUGGCUACUUCACCCCCCCUCCCCUUGUUGGUGGAAAUGUGUGCAACACUCGGGCUUGACAGGUUGAAUGUUCAUGCUGGAGGGUUUCCCUCUGUACUUUGUGCUACCAGUAUUAUUAAUAAGCUGGAUUUGGCUGCUGUUGCUAUUUACUGCUAUUGUUUUGCAUUCAUUCAAAAGAAGGCAGGAUUCACCGGUUUGCAGCAUUCUUACAGUUCAAUGCACUUAUCUGUGUACUCUUUGAAAUUUUUAUGACUGCAAUAUUUUAUUUGGAACAUUGUGGGAGAGUUUAGUUUUGGAAACAGAACUACAAAAGUCCUUAUGAUCAGGGUAUCGAAUCCAAGAAUAUUGGGAAAAGAAAGUGAAAUGUAUGUCAAUAGUGUGGAAUGAAGAGCUAAUUUCAAACUAUUCCAUGUACAAUGUUUUACAGAAAUAAUGAAGUAACUCAUUGCUAAAUGAUGAAACCAAUGCUAUUUGCUGUUUUUAAUUUCUGAACUUACAUGGGAUAUCUAUUGUUUAGCACUGUUAUUAUUACUAGUUCAUAAAGCCAUAUUUAAAAUUGUGCACUUGAGUGUAACAUACAUUUAAAUUGUGCACUAUGUUGAUCAAUGUGUGUGUGCAUACACAGACGUGCACCCACCCACCCAUGAAAAUCUGUAUAUUUAGUCUCAAUGCUGUAUGUAGUUGAUGUUUAAAUGUAAAUAA